AUGGGGGAUUGGAACUUGCUCGGAAGCAUCUUGGAAGAAGUCCACAUCCACUCCACCAUAGUGGGGAAGAUCUGGCUGACCAUCCUCUUCAUAUUCCGGAUGCUGGUUCUCGGCGUGGCGGCUGAAGACGUCUGGGACGACGAGCAGAGCGAGUUCAUCUGCAACACGGAGCAGCCCGGCUGCAGAAACGUCUGCUAUGACAAAGCGUUCCCAAUCUCCCUGAUACGGUACUGGGUGCUGCAGAUCAUCUUCGUCUCGUCUCCGUCUCUGGUGUACAUGGGGCACGCAUUGUACCGCCUCAGGGCGCUGGAGAAGGAGAGACACAAGAAAAAGGCGCAGCUGAAAGCGGAGCUGGAGGAGACGGAGCCCCUUCUCGAGGACCACAAAAGGAUCGAGAGGGAACUGAGAAAGCUGGAUGAGCAGAAAAAGGUCAGCAAAGCCCCUCUGCGGGGAUCCCUUUUGCGCACCUACGUUUUCCAUAUCCUUACGAGAUCCGUUGUGGAGGUGGGGUUCAUUGUGGGCCAGUAUGUCUUGUUCGGAAUUGGACUGGACCCGCUGUACAAGUGUGAGAGGUUGCCUUGUCCGAACAGCGUUGACUGCUUCGUCUCCCGGCCAACGGAAAAAACUAUUUUUAUGGUGUUCAUGAUUGUAAUCGCUGGAGUUUCUCUUUUUCUGAACCUCCUCGAAAUUUCGCACUUGGGAGUGAAAAAAAUUAAGCAAACUUUAUAUGGGCAAAAAAUUGGAGACGACGACAGUAUUUGCAGAUCAAAGAAAAACUCAAUGGUUCAGCAAGUGUGCGUCGUCACGAACUCAUCACCGCACAAAGUGAUGCAGUUAACGCAGACAACCUACACAAUCGUGCCGGACCCACAGAUGGACCCUCUUCCCGUGUACAUGCCCCCAACGGGACCUCAGCCCGGUCACGAGGUACCGAGACACGACAGCAUCACUGGAGGUCCGCACGGUGCAGAUCAGAACCCCAGACAGCUCCGCCAACCCAGCCAGGACGAGAUUCAGGCUUUGCGCAUGCUUGGCGCCGCGGACCGCCGCAGCACCUUGGAUAACCGGGAUCAUUCGUGCAACAGCGAUGAUUCAAACGGGGCCAAGAACGCGGGUCAGCCCAAGCACGCCGGACCCCACCCCAAAGCACCCUCCCAAUCCAGCCACGUGGAAAUACCGGCGGCCGUUCGCAACGCUUUGCGCAAGCAGAGCCGGGUCAGCUGCUUCGACGACGACCGAAGCGACUCGCCGGACAGCGGUCACUACCCCUCCACCAGAAAGGCCAGUUUUAUGUCCCGCGGCCUCUCCGAGAGCAGGCUUGCGAGUCCGCCCAGCAGCCCUGGUUCGGGAAGCGGUUCGGGGUCUGAGUCUAAACGCCUGGCCCAGGGAGAGAGCCCGCCCAUCACCCCACCCCCCGCGACUGGACGGAGAAUGUCAAUGAGUAUGAUCCUGGAACUGUCUUCCAUCAUGAAGAAAUGA